UCCAAAUGAAUUUGCGAAAAAUAUACAUAAUUUUGGCAACAACAUGGUUAUGUUUGUUAAAAGCAAAAGCCAUAAGGAAUCAGCUUGGACAGGAUUCCUACUCAGCCUCGACGGAGACUUUAAAAAGUUUAUUGAGCGUAGAGAAUAUUCUCAUGAAAAACUUGGCAGAAUACGUGGAACAGCUGAAACAGAAACUUAGCUUGGUCAAAAGAGCCCUAACACACUUUCGUGCUGAGGAGCUAAAAAUGCGCUCCGAUAAUGACUAUUUCGACAAUCCAUUGAAUAGUUUUGCGCUCCUGCGACAUCAACGACAGGAUUGGCUUAAGUGGGCGGCAUACAUGGAGCAGCAGCCUGGAACUGCCCAAAUUGCCUAUGCUCGGGAAAUGCGCGCUGAGCUACCAAGAACUGUAGAUCUUCAGGAAGCCAGUCACUAUAUUGAGCUCCUGGUUGAUUAUUAUGAAUUGGAACCGAAAGACUUGGCAGCUGGCAAACUGGCAGGACAUUCUCAGCCAAACACUGCGUUCUCGAUGUUGGAUUGUUAUGCAUUGGCAAAAUUUAACUUGUUUCAGAAAAAUUACGCAAAGGCCGAGAAUUGGUUUAAUAUAUCGCUGUCAAAAUACGACUCAAGGCAUAAUCUUCUUUACAAAGUGUUUGAUUUCGAUGAAAGCAAUAUACUUAAGUGGCUAGGAGCUGUGCUUAUAAAGCGGAAUGAGCACGUCAGAGGAUUGCAGCAUCUUAAAAGAGCAAACAGUAUCAGGAUAGAUGAAACCUCCAACCAUUAUCAAACAAAAGCAAUCAUCCAAGGACUUUGUUCCGCCAGCUUUCAUCGACCAAGUUAUCUGCAUUGUCGCUACAAUAAUUGGAUGACGCCUUUCCUGCGCAUUGCACCCCUGAAAAUGGAGGAGCUGAGCGUAGAUCCUAUCGCAGUGCUCUACUACGAUGCCAUCUACGAUAGCGAAAUCGAAUGGUUCUUAAACAAAUCUUUAAACUUUAUCCCAGCACUAUUGGAUAUGAGGGAAUUAUCAAAAGAUCGAACAGCACAGAAUGUCAACUUUGAGGAUAACGGUCUGGAAGCAGUUACUCUGACGCUGCACAAACGAUUAACAGACAUGACGGGCUUUAGCAUGAAGGGAGGCGAUGAUUUAUCUUUGAUCAACUAUGGCAUCGGUGGACAUUAUAGCUUGCACUUGGAUGCAUUCGAAGCGGAUUAUGAAGGCCGAGGAAAUCGCAUAGCCACAACUUUGUUCUACUUAAGCAAUGUGGAAUCGGGCGGUGCCACAGUGUUUCCCGAACUCAAUCUCACAGUCAAGCCACAGAAAGGAACCGCUCUCGUCUGGCAUAAUCUCCACAUGAAUGGUGAACGACAUCUCAAAACAUGGCAUACCGCAUGUCCAGUACUCGUUGGCACUAAAUAUGUGCUAACCAAAUGGAUUUAUAGCUUCAGUCAGAUGUUUAUUAAGCCAUGCCUAGCAAACCGUUGACAAUCCAAAUAAAACACGUCAACAAACGUUGGCCGCUUUCAUAUAAAGCGAAAUUUCUAUGAAAAUCA